AUGUCUCUUGAGAGAGUGAGAAAAAGUAUUCAAAAUUUUUUGGGUAUCUAAAACAAUCCUUAAAAUCAAAAAUCUACAUUAGAACCUAAAAAAUAUCAAACUGAAUAGAAAAUAACAAAAACAGAUUAAUUAUUCAAAAAUAAAUUUGUUUGUAUUCAGAAAAAGGAAAAUAAAUUAAAUUCUUAUAAAUUUGCUUUAGAGAGAUUAAAAGAAUACAAUUUAAUCAUAUUUAAAGCAAAUGAUUUUUAGAGAUGUCCUGUUAUUUCAUACCUAUAAAAUAAAUAAGAAGUAUAAUUGAAUCAUUAUAUUUUUUUAAGAAGAAGAUUAAUGAGAAUGAAAAUAAAGCAACAAAACCAAGAUGGUCAGAAACAUUUUUUGAACUAAUCAAAGUUAAGCCUGAAGAUGAAAGGAAAGCCUUUUUUUUACAUGCAUAAUAUAUCUAAGAUUCAGAUAAAUAGUUAACCUAAACUAAAUAAAUAGUUAAAGAGUAAGAACUAUAAUCAAAAAUUUCAGAUAUUAAUUUUGAAAACAAUCUUGAUCAAGAAAAAUAGCCUAAAUAAAUUAUUACUUAAUCUUAAUAAUUACAAGAAAAAGAUGAAGUCAGUUAAAGUGGGUAUGAUGAUAUAAUUGUAGGAUAAAAAUCAGAAAUUUAAUUUAAUAAACUUUAAUCUAAAGAUUUUAAAACUAAAUAAGUUAUUUUGAUUUAAGAUAAAAAGCUGUCACAAAAAAAUGAAAAUUUAAAUAAUGAUAGUUAAGUAAUAUAAAAAACAAAUCUUUAGGAAAAAUAAUUAGAAAUUUAAUCUCAAUAACCAAUCUUAACAGAUCCUAAAACUGAAUAGGUAAAACCAGAGGUAAUAGAAAAUAAAGAAGAAUCAAGAAGAAAUAUAGUUACAAAACUAGAUCAUCAAAUUUAAAAUUUAGAACAAAAAUAUAUUCUUGAUGAAAAUCCUUUUACCUAAAAUAUUUAGAAUCAAUUAUUAAAUCCACCAUGGUCAAAUAAUCCUGUAUAAGAAAAAUAAAUAUCAUAGAAUAUAUUUCAGCAACCUUUGAUUUAAUAAUCACCUUAAAUAUCAUAAUAAUAACCAAUUAAUUUUUUAAAUUCCAUUCAAUAAUAAUCUUAUAAUUAAUUUCCUUCUUAAAAUUCAUAAAUACCAAAUGUUUUUUUUAAUUAGAAUUUAUUCACUUAAGAACCCAAUCUUUUUAAAAAUAAUUAAUAAUCAAAUUAGAAUUUUAAUUUAUUUAACUAAUAAAAUUUAUUUUAGUAAUAAACUUCUUAAUAACCAUAAGAAUCCUUAUUUUAAUAAUAAUCUAUCUCAUAAUCUUUAUUUUAAUAAUAAUAAUAACCAUCUUCAACUUAAUCAUUAUUUUAAUAAUAACCCUCAUCAUAAUCAUUAUUUUAAUAAUAACCAUCAACAUAAACAUUAUUUUCAUAAUAGCCUACAACAGAAUCAUUAUUUUAGUAAUAAUCAUCAAUUAAUUUUUUCAAAUAAUCAGGAACAUAAUCAUAAAGUUAAUUAUUUUAAUAACAAAAUCAACAAACAGUAAGUUUAUUUAAUAAUAAUGAUUAAAGUUCCAAUUAAAAAGAUUUUUUCUCAGCUUAACCUGUAAACUUAUUUUAAUCAAAUUAAGUCUAAGCUUAAGACUUGUUUUCCUUAAACACUGAGUAGUAAUCAAACAAUACUAUAUAAUAAUAAAGAUCAUGUUCUUAAUCUGAUAGAUACAAGAAGAAUCUAUGUAAGUAAUAAGUUAAUAGAAUAUGA